GCGCUCAGGUGCUGACUUCCUUUCAGCAGCGACUCCUACCAAGUGUCGGGCUGGCAAAGUUCCGUGUUUCGUCAUGAUGUAUCCGGCGGAGCCAAGCAGAGAGCUACUGGACCAGUAGGAAGAUGAGCGGGUAGCGAAGACCGGACUGCAGCCUCCAAAGCCGCAUCCAUCUCUAUGAGAGCACCUUCCCCGCCUGCAGCCGCCCAGCUUGCCGGCCUCUGACUCGCCUUUUCCGGCUGCCGAGGGUCUGCCGUUGGGGGGCAGCCGACAGCCGUCCAAGACGCCGCGAGCCGUACUCCGCGUGAAGAAUGCUCAGCCGCGCCUGGCAAAGCCGGCCGACCCGGGCCCGGCGGCGGGCCUUUACAUGGAGCGGUCCCAGAGCCGCAUCAGCCUGUCCGCCUCCUUCGAGGCGCUCGCCAUCUAUUUCCCCUGCAUGAACUCCUUCGACGAGGACGAUGGCGUGGAUAACGAGGGCCGGAAGCUUAAGGGCGCCAUCCAGAGGAGCACGGAGACAGGUCUGGCCGUAGAGAUGCCCAGCAAGACGGUCCGCCAGGCCAGUCACGAGUCCAUCGAGGACAGCGUGAACAGCUACGGCUCGGAGGGCAAUCUCAACUACAGUGGCGUGUGUCUGGCAUCCGACGCCCAGUUUAGCGACUUCUUGGACGGGAUGGGGCCGGCCCAGUUUGUCGGCCGGCAGACGCUCGCCACAACAUCAAUGGGUGACGUGGAGAUUGGCCUGAUGGAGAGGAAUGGCGGUUUGGAGGUGGAGGUGGUGCAGGCCAGAGGACUCACAAUGAAAGCCGGGUCCAAAGGGCCUCCAGCGGCUUACAUCAAAGUCUACCUACUGGAGAACGGCAUGUGCGUGGCCAAGAAGAAGACCAAGUCUGUGAGGAAGUCUCUGGACCCUCUCUACAACCAGGUCCUAGUCUUCUCUGAAAGCCCUCAGGGGAAGGUGGUCCAGCUGAUAGUUUGGGGCAACUACGGACGCAUGGAGCGCAAAUGCUUCAUGGGCGUGGCUCGCAUCCUCCUGGAGGAGCUGGACCUGAGCUCCAUGGUGAUUGGCUGGUACAAGCUCUUCCCUACCUCGUCCAUGGUGGAGCCCACCAUGGCGCCGCUCAUCCGCCACUCAUCACAGAUGUCCCUGGAGAGCGCCAUGGGGCCCUGCUGCGAGCGCCCCUGAGGUUGGCGACCCGAGCGUCGCCCUUUUCGCCCACCGGGGUCAGCCUGCGUCCGCACCGCGCCGUCUCUCAAGUAGACGGCUCGUGGACACAUUUGGGACCUAAGAGCCGUCGGAGGCCGAACUUUUGAACGUGAUUUUCUCUCCCGGGACCACUUUGAUGAGGACGCUGUUUGGACCAACAGAACGCUGCGGGCUCAGCUCUGCUUCAUCACGUCCUUCAGGACCACCUGGGAUACUUGUUUUGGUAUUUUGGCUUUCAUGUUACGUGCGUGUGGACACAAGACCAAGGUUUUUUUUGCCCUUUCAAACCACAGAAUGUUUCAGUGUCGGACCAAGUUAGCUAUGUAGCAGCAUCCUCACAGCACUAAAUGACAUCUUCUCUUUGCAAUGGAAAGCACGUAUCGCCACAUGUUAUGUCCUUUAUCCCUCAACCCCCCCGAAAAAUCUCACAAAAUUAGCAUAAUUUCCUGUGGAGGGUGGCAAAAUGUUAUGCGCUUAGUUCAGGGGUGUCCAACGUGUGGCCUGUAGCUUGACUUUUAUUUGCCUGUGGCAUAUUCUGCAUUAAAACAAAGGAAAACAUCCCAAAUCCCUUGAAAAUUGUACCUCCAAACCAAAAUGAUAUGAUAUCAGUGCGCCUGACUUCCUGUCAGUCACACACUGGUUGGUGGAGAGUAUUUCUCACUUCCACUUGAGCAAGUUUUCACAUACAAACACAUGUUUACAAGAUUUUGAAGAGCUUUUUAGAUCCCGAAAUAAUAAUAACUUGAUGAUUUUAGAGCAGAGGUGUCAAACGUACGGCCCACAGGUUUUAUCCGGCCCGCGGGAUGAUUUUGCUAAGUAAAAAUGAGCCGGCAUUUUUGAAUGAAAGAAACUGCUGUUCUACAUGUGUCCACUAGAUGUCGCAACAGCAAUAUGUAGAUGAUGCUACAUAUGUAAAAAAUAAUAAUAAACCACAUGACGUUAGUGCACCAGUCGAGGAAAAUGAGCAAACUACAUGAAUAACAUUCUGUAAUUUGAUUUUUUUUUUUAUCUUGAUGUAUUGAAAAUUACCUGCUCAGUGGCCUUGUGGUUAGAGUGUCCGCCCUGAGAUGGGUAGGUCGUGAGUUCAAACCCCGGCCGAGUCAUACCGAAGACUAUAAAAAUGGAACCCAUUACCUCCUCAAGUGUUGGAAAUGGGGUUUAAAUCACCAAAAUGAUUCCCGAGCGCGGCCACCGUUGUUGCUCACUGCUCCCCUUACCUCCCCUCAGCUCCCAGGGGGUGGAACAAGGGGAUGCGUCAAAUGCAGAGGGUAAUUUCACCACACCUAGUGUGUGUGUGUGACUAUCAGUGGUACUUUAACUUUAACUUUUAAAUUAACACCAUUGAGUUGACUGAUGAACAUUAUCACAUAAUUUAUUCAUAAAGUAUAAAUAACGACAAAUAAAGAUAGAAUACUAUUAACCGCAACAUGUAAGUGUAAAAAAACAAACAAAAACAUUAUGAUUUGUACAUUUUCAGAAUGUGCUUGUUCUAUUUUCUCCAUGUGGUCCCCGAUCUAAAAUGAGUUUGACGCCCCUGUUUUAGAGUGUCUAGUCAAUACAAAUGUGAAGAAUCCUCCAGAGAACUAUUGUCCUCUGCUGUGGGCUUUUGUUUUUAGGCGAUUUCUUUUAUCAGAACUAAAAUAUUUCUGGAAGCGUUCUUGUGUAUCUUUGUAAACGUCCACUGCAGAGGUGGCUGGCUCUCUGGCUCUCUAUGCGGCCCUCAAAGGUGCAAUGUUGGACAUCCCUCUGACUGAGGCGAUACAGUAAUCCCUCGUUUAUCGCUGUUAAUUUCCGCAAAAAGGAAUUUUUCAUUUAUAUUUUAUAGCUAGAGCAUUAGAAAACGGUUUGACCUUAUAAAUACAUAUUUUGUACAUAAUGAGACCAAUCUAGACAUCAUAUAACCCCCACACAGUCACCUUCACACUCGUUAAUCCAAUAUAGUCAUGUUGCCUGAGGCUGAGCCAAUCAGUGGCCACGAUACUGAACAGUGUGCUGUGAUUGGUUUGUUCUCAUCUAGUGUCCAAUAAUAUUGGAGUGUCGGUAUUUUGGGUUCGUUUAGCCAUUUUUAUGCUUAAAAAUGCUUAAUUUCGGCCCAAAACACAUACAAUAUGCUUACAAACAACUAAAUACACACUUUGAAGUGCAACAUAGCGAGGGAUUACUGUAAUAUUUUAAUUUUUGCUGUAUAAAAAAUUUCUGCCCCCUGCCAAAAAAGACCAAAUACAAAUCAUUGUGAAUACUGCUACAAUAAGAAAAUGGGAUAUUAUUGCGAGAGUAAAGUAAAGCUAUAACAUAACUUUAAAU